GCGCGAACGAUAAAGCUCGUCACACUUAUCUUUCGGUUACUGCAACUACUGAUGGCGUCGAUUAUCGUCGGUGUCGCCAGUUAUCACACUUGGGAAUUCGCGACGAGUAGACUCUCACUUACCGACGAUUCGGGCAGACAGCUUCCCGCGGCUCUUCACGCAAUUCUUGUUAUUGUGAGUUCUUUCCUCUCCCCGUGACCGCAUGAGCGAGGUAUAACGGGAGUGAAAAGCCCUGCGCAGCAGUUCUUUACACCCUCCUUUCGUUACUCACGACAUGGUUCGGCCACAAGAAAUUUUUCCUCGCCACGCUGGUCAUGGAUUUCCUUCUCCUCGGGAGCUUCAUCGCCAUCUCUGUCCUUAUGCGGGGUUCUGCGGGCAUGAGUUGCGAUCCGGUUGCAUACUCCCGCAGUAUCACUUCCUCGUCGAAUGAUUUUCCCUCGAAUAUCUAUGGAUCGGGUAGUGGGAGCGGAAACCAUCCCGAGAUACUCUGCCAGCUGGAUAAGUCCGUCUUCGCCUUUUCUGUGACCUUAAGGUAUCGCAUCCGUUCCUCCUACUUCCAUCGGUAACAAUACUAACAACUUCCCCAGCGUCUUCUUCCUCAUAACCCUCUCACUCUCCUACCUCGCCUUGAUGAACCACCGCGAGAACCGCGCAUUUGGGCCUGGCCCAGCGAACAGCUAUUCGGCCCGCAACAAUCCGGCUCCUCGUUCUUGGAGGCGUAACCCUUUUAGUGGGGCCAACGAGGAAACCGCACACACGCAUAAUACCGCGGUGAACGAAAUCACCGCUGGGACGGUAUCCUACGACGGUGGAUACAAACACCAACCUUCUGGACCAGAAAGUGGGUAUAGGAAUUCGAGGCAUGCGCCAGCAUUGAAUCCGCCGGAGGAACCGGGGUCGGGGGUCUCCGCGGAUUAUGGGAGAAUUGCACCGCAUCAGAUGUUUUAAGUUGGGUAACUUAUCAAGGAUUAUAAUGUGUAAAUGAUUUGAUUUCCAUAAUCGUGUUAAUGGCCUUGUGCGGUGAAUACAGGUGUUUUGGCCUAUAAUAAUCUAUUUUGUGCUUACCGU